GCCUAUAAAUAUCAGAGAAACUGCUAAUUAGUCAGGGUAAUCGUUCAUACAGAAAACUCUUAUUUCUAUUAUAUUCUCGUCUUUUUCUCUUCUGCUUAAGAACCAUGAUAACACCAACUCUCUCCACCGCUUCACUCUCCGGUGUUCGGCUCUCCUCCGUCGUUCCGGCGGAGGUAACCAGCGACAAGGAAGACCAUAAACUAACAAAUAUAGAUUUGGCCUUGAAGCUCCACUACAUUAGAGGUGUGUACUUUUUCACAGCCGAAGCAGUGCAAGGUCUCACGAUUUAUGAGUUGAAGAAGCCAAUGUUUCCGUGGCUUGCUCAAUACUACACCGUUUCAGGGAGAAUACGAAGAUCUGAAAACGGCGGACGACCUUUCAUCAAGUGUAACGAUGGCGGUGUACGUAUUGUUGAAGCUUAUUGUGACAAAACUAUAGAGGAAUUGAUGACGGCAAUUGCGAAAAAUCAUGAAGAUCACAGCAGAUUUCUCGUUCACGAUCAAGUUCUCGGUCCUGAUUUAGGAUUCUCUCCUCUGGUUUAUAUACAG